AUGCCUUCAACCUCUUCUGCUCCUCCUGCGGCCCCUGCUGCUGGUCCUGCUCCUGCUGGCCUCGGCGAGAACAAGGCCAUCAAGUUCCAGAUCAAGACGGGCAAUGCUCGCUGGGAAUGCACUCUCCAGGACCGCGCUCACUAUGAGCGCAAGAAGGCCCAGCGCACCGAUUCCACCGACUCUACUUCCACCACCGAUUCUUCUUCUACUGCCGAGUCAAAGUAA